GACAACCUGAAAUGUAAAUGUGAACCUAGCCGCUACGGAACAUGCGCUAAGGAAACAACUGAAUGUUCCUCAGAGGACGAUAGUUGUUCAGUAAGAACACAAGUCUAUUAUUUAGGUGGUGCAAAGUCUGAGCACAAUUCCAAAGGUUGCAUUACGUCUGAUCUGUGUCUUAAUUACUCUAUCAGCUAUGGAGCUUACAGAAUUGUACAAAACACCAAGUGCUGCAGUGAAGAUCUCUGCAACGCCCAGAUUAACUACACAAAACCUGUCUCCACUCCAAAUAGAAAAAAGUGCUUCAACUGUGAUGAAGAAAACUGCAUGAAAACCCUUAAAUGUGCAGGGGAUGAAAACUACUGCAUUAAUGUAACAGGAUAUACACAAGGAGAACGUUUCAUGAUGAAGGGAUGUGCCUCUGAGUUGGUGUGCUCAGAUCAUUUUUCUUCAGUGAUGAGUCAGUUUACUACACGGCCCCCUGGAGCAAAGGUUAGCUGCUGCCGGGGCAACUACUGCAACAGCGCUAGCAGCACCAUCAGCCCAGGAAGCAAAAGCAGCGCCAGCAGCACCAGUCCCACCCUGCUGCUCCUGUUGGUGCCUCUGUUGUUUUCUAUCUUAUUUUCUUAGCUCACAGAAGCUACUGAAUUGCUGCCAUGUUUUCUUUUUAAUCACAAUUCAUUUUAUAAACCUGUUCUUUUUAUUUGAUUCUAUAGCUUGGUUAGCUAAGCAGCAUGUUAUAAUCAACAACAUCCUCUAUACUUUGUUGUUCUAUACUAAAAUAAUCUUCCUCAAUAAACACAAUUUUUUUUAAUUCUGGGUCCAGUACCGAUCUGAUUCUAAAUGUUUAGUUUUGAAAAGAUAAAAUGAUUUGAAGUUACAGAUGUGGAAUAAACAUGUU